GUUUUCAAACGGGGAAUUUGGUUUUGUUUUAGGUCACUGGCUGACUCCUCUUUUUUUUGUUGUUUCUUUUUCCUUUUCAUUGCUGAAUGUAAUGGCUGUAGCAUGAAUUGAUGUUUUAGGAUUGUUUAUGACUAUUGGGUUUGUUCAGAUGAAAGUGACAAUUUGAUUUUCAUGGAAAUUAAAACUUGAGUAUGUUGAAUUUUCAAUGAUAUCAUGCUGGACUGUAUUGGUAUCAGAAAAUUGAGAUGUGGGAAGAGGACCAUUUUAAUAUAGUUAUUCCCUUUUUGCAAGUUGAGGUUUUGCAUGUGUGUUGAAUACACGUCCAUGCUUUUUCUGUCCUUUCUGUUUGGUCUCUAACAUGAAUCUUCUUUGUGUUUGGCAUCAGACAACCAGCCUACCCUUAGAGCAGCCUUUUUCCUUAUUUCUUUUUUCCUUCUUUUCAUAAUUGGGCACUAAUCUAAACCUUUAUUUAAAUUGUAAUCUCCUAGGACGGUGAUAAUCCGAUGUCUGUGCCUGCUGUUCAAAGACAGCUAUAUAAUUGCUAAAACCCUCCACCUUCAACCUUUGAGAUUGAGAUAAUGAGGACCAGGAGAGGAAAGCGUUCUGAGGCAUUUUGGCCUUCCAUUGUCAUGAAGAAAUGGCUGAAUAUAAAGCCUAAGGUGUAUGAUUUUAGUGAAGAUGAGUACACAGAGACUGAGAGUGAAGAUGAUGCUUGCUCUCUUAAAGAUGAAAGAGUUAAUGUGGAUGAGGAUCAUGCUCCUAGGAUACAAGUCAACCAAUCUUCAUUCCAGGGUCAAAUUUCAGAUGCACCUACCAAGGGCUAUUCAGUGAGACACAGGCGAGGAAAGUCUGAAACUCUGCGUGCCCAGUACAUAAAUACUAAGGAUGUGAGGGUUACAAUCGGCACAUGGAAUGUUGCUGGAAGACUUCCAGAUGAGGAUCUUGAGAUUGAUGACUGGCUUUCCACAGAAGAACCAGCAGAUAUGUAUAUUAUUGGUUUCCAAGAGGUAGUACCUUUAAGUGCUGGAAAUGUGCUGGGAGCAGAAAGCAGUAGACCGAUUCCAAAAUGGGAGGCAAUUAUUAGAAGAACCCUGAACAAAUUUUCGCAUCCUGAAAGCAAACAUAAAUGUUACAGCGCCCCACCAUCUCCGGUAUUAAGGACUUCUUCUGUCGCUGAUGAACUUGCAGGUGAGGUUGAUGCUCUGCCAUUAGAGAUGAUGAAUGAGGAAUUUGCAGGAACUGCUGUUGGUUAUGAUUAUGAAACAGAUGAACUGAAUAAAAUAAUUGGCGCCAGAAAAAAUCUACAGUUGAAGAGAAUAUAUGGAAUUGACUGUGACAGUAGAUUAGACUGGCCUGAACAUUCAUUAGAAGCUACCCCACAAGUUAUCUCUUCCAAUUCCAAGCUUCGGAGAGUUAUGAGCAGUUCUGCCGGGAUGGGCUUUAAUUGGACACAAGAUCCUUUUAGACUUAGUCCUCAUAAUUUUGCGAUAAAUGGCAAAGGACUGAGAAGAUCUCACCAUAGUUUUGGGAACCUAGGCUCAAUAUGUGUAGAGGAACGAGAGAGGUCUGAAGUUCCUGAAGGUCUUGAAGUUCUUGAUUCUCUAUCUGAUGUGUCUGAUAGGUCAUCUGAAGCGGAAGAUGACACUUUCCCGGAAGUACCAGGGGAUCAAAAUAAUGACGGACACAUCAUGGGCAAGGGCAAGUCUCAUACCAAAUACGUACGUAUUGUUAGCAAACAAAUGGUUGGGAUAUAUGUAUCGAUUUGGGUGCGGAAGACAUUGAGGAGACAUAUAAACAACUUGAAGGUCUCUCUUGUUGGAGUUGGUCUUAUGGGGUACAUGGGAAACAAGGGAUCUGUUUCUAUUAGCAUGUCUCUUUUCCAGUCAAGGCUAUGCUUUGUUUGUUCUCAUCUGACCUCAGGUCAGAAAGAUGGGGCUGAACAAAGGCGUAAUGCUGAUGUCUAUGAAAUCAUUCGACGUACCCAAUUCUCAUCUGUCUUUGACACAGAUCAACCACAGACAAUCCCAUCUCAUGAUCAAAUAUUCUGGUUUGGAGAUUUGAAUUAUCGUCUCAAUAUGUUGGACUCUGAUAUAAGGAAACUUGUUUCUCUGAAGCAGUGGGAUGAACUUAUCAACACUGAUCAGCUAAUUAAAGAACUCCGCAGUGGGCAUGUAUUUGAUGGAUGGAAAGAGGGAAUGAUAAACUUUCCUCCCACUUACAAAUACGAGAUAAAUUCUGACAGAUACAUUGGUGAGAACCCAAAAGAGGGAGAAAAGAAGAGAUCUCCAGCAUGGUGCGAUAGAAUACUUUGGUAUGGAAAAGGUAUAAAACAACUUUUCUACAAGCGGACAGAUAUGAGGCUCUCAGAUCAUCGACCAGUUAGUUCUAUGUUUUUGGUUGAGGUUGAAGUCCUAGAUCAUCGGAAGCUGAAAAAGGCAAUUAAUGUCAGCAGUGCAGCAGUAUAUCCUGUAAUGUUCUCAGUCGAAGAUGGGGAAUAAUGCCUUAGGAGAUACAAGGGAAUCAAAGACAACAUUAACAAGGUAGAAGAAAUACUGGUCUCUCAAUAGACAAAUACAUAUAACCCUUAACUCGGUUUCCUGAAACAUCAAAUAUUACAGGGCCAGUGAUUCAAGAGAAUUAUACAAAGUUGCUACCAUUUUGAGACGAAAGCAGGAUUAUGCAGUCGGUUUGUAAAAUCGUGAGCAUCAUAUUUUUGUUUUUCUUAAAAGGAAUAUAAGGGCAUCAUUAAAUGAGAAAUACAAACCUUUACCUUAAAA